CACACAUCGCGCACACAACCAGAGGCGCCAGCUACACAUCGCCGCGAGCUCGGUCGGCGCGCUGCCCAAUCUGACCCUUUGGGUAUCGUUGCUCAAGCUUUGGCGAUUUGCUCGUUUGGCGAGACCUCCUGGUUCAUCGCCUUGACCUAGAGCAUUGUUGAGUGGUUGUUCAAGAGCUUUAACUGGAAAGUAUUCGCAAGGACAAACGGAAGUCCGCAGAGAUGGCGCUCUCCCCCACCGAAGCCACCGCCCCAUCGAGGCAGGAGACACUCGCGAGCAUUGCUAGCGACGAGGCUGUUCCCGACACGGACCCAAAUACCACCGCCGGCCUUCUCACGCAGAGGCUGCAGGCGUGGAAGCAUGCCGUCGUCUACCUCGAGGAGUACAUGGAAGCCUUCGAGAAGCUCCACAAGGCGCAGGCGAAGGAGUACGAGAGGGCGUUGAAGACCAUCUCGAAACCCCUUAGGGAGGGGGAGCACUUCGACCAGAGCCUCGGCGGCGUCGCCGGUUUCUUCGAGAACAUGCGGGUCAACACCCAGGCGCUCAUCAACACCAACCUCGAGACGGAAAAGGCCAUAAAGGCCUCGGCCCUUCCCAUCGUCGAGCGCUUGCACAAGGAGAUCAAGCACAAGGCGAAGGAGCUGGCCCACGGCGCCGAGAAGAGCGCCAAGGAGGUCGAGAAGGCCCGCAGCGUCACGCAGAAGCACAUCGAGCUGCUCGGCCAGCACACGGCCGCCUUCGAGGCCACCGGCGGCAAGCACAACCCCUCCGAGGACCCCUACGUGAUCGCCCGCGGCGUGAUCCACCGCCUCCACAAGCAGGUCACCGAAGAGAACAACCAGCACAACGACCUCGUGGCCGUGCAGGGCAACUUCGAGGCCUUUGAGCGCCACAUCGUCCAGGUCCUGCACCAGGCCAUGGAGACCUUCACCAACCUCGCCGGCGGCCAGGCGCUCAAGGUGCAGGCCCUGCACGCCGACAUGCUCGGCGCCGCCCAGCGCAUCCCCCCGGACUUUGAGUGGAAGGCCUUCACCAAGCGCGCCGCCGACAAGCUCGUCAACCCGUCCGAGCCGCCCCGGACCGUCGAGGCGAUCCAGUUCCCCAACAUGUCGCACCCGUCGACCAAGCCCCUCAUCGAGGGCUCCCUCGAGCGCAAGUCGCGCAACAAGCUCUCGUGGGGCUACACGACCGGCUACUACGUCGUGACCCCGUGCAAGUUCCUGCACGAGUUCAAGGACGACGACAACCUCCGCCGCGAUCCCACCCCGGAGCUGUCCAUCUACCUGCCCGACGCCGUCAUCGGCGCCCCCAGCGGCGACAAGUUCAGCGUCAAGGGCAAGGACCGCUCCGGCCACGUCGGCGCCAAGCUGGCCGGCACCUCCGAGCUCAACUUCAAGGCCCACUCCCCCGCCGAGGCCGAGAAGUGGUUCCAGGUGAUCCGCACCGUCGCCGGUACCGGCCCCGGCCCGGCCUCCCCUCCCGCCGUGGCGAGCCCCGUCGACGAGAAGCCCAAGCCCGUCGUCGCCGUCCCUGCCGCCGCUGCCGCCUCGCCACAGGAGACGGGUAUCACCGGCGGCGAGACGGUCGCCAGCCCCGUCGCGCUGUCCGCCUCGGGGAGCGGCGCCGCCGCCAACCCGGUGACGGCGGCGGCGGGUGCUGCUGGUGGCAGUACCGGUUCCGGCGGCUCGCUGGAGAAGAAGGCGACCGGGAAUGGCGCUGUUGCCGCUGCUGCUGAGCCCGCGGCGGCGGGUAAGGGGGAGAAGGCUUGAUUUUUUGUUGUUUGUUCUUCGUCUUCUUCUUUUACGUUCACAUUCCGGCAUGCCUGCCCUUGCCCGGGUAAGACCAGAAAAUGGAAUGGGACAGUUGGGAGAGCAGUGACGGUAUAGUAUAACGAGGCAUUAAGUGCGGGCAAAGCGCGGCUUCAAGCUAAUCGCGGCUGACGGAUAAACAUGCUUCGGUCGAGUAAGCGGAUCGUCAUAGCUUACGGAGGGGGACGACCACACCACCAACAACGUCCUGAAGUAUCAGUUCCUG